AUGUGAACGCUUCGCGGCGCAGUCUCUUCUCUGUUGCUUGGUGGUGCUGAGUAUUGUACACAAAACCCACACGUACAACCAUGCAGUCGCUCCGCGCGUCUCCGAGACUCAGCUCUGUGCGAGCAUGCUCCUCCCGGCAACGGCUGGUGGUCAAGGCCGCCUCAUUUGAUGUGCGACCAUACACGCUGCGCAAGGGAGACACCCUGGAGAGCAUUGCCAAGAAGCGGAGCGUGACUGUUGACCAAAUCCUGGGCAUUAACCCGGACGUCAAGCCGGGCAAGGUCGUCGAGGGGCAGACAAUUCUGCUACCCGCACAGAAGCUCUCGGACCGUGACCGGGAGAUUCUGGGCGGCAUUGGCACCACCUAUCGCGUUUACCCCAUCCGCGCGGGCGAGACGCUCUCUGAGGUGCUGUCGAAGCGGGGGAUCUCCACCGAUGAGUUCCUGCGCCUGAACCCGGGCGUUGACAUGAAAGCCGUCAAGGACAACCAGGUGAUAAAGUUGCCCAUCGACAAGUUCACUGUGCGUGAGCGCGAGAUGCUCAUUGGCAGCGGCAUCCUGCCGCCCGAGUUCUUCCACGCGGCGAAGAACCCCUUCGUCAUCGGUCUGGGCGGACUGAUGCUGGUGUGCGGCUUCGUGAUGGCCUGGCAGCGGUUCCACUCCGACCCUGACAUGCAGGCCACCGACUAGGGCGGCGGCCCGCCAGCUGCGAAGUCGGUGAAAGCAGGCGGCUGCGGCGGGAGGGAGCUGCGUGCAGGGAGGGAGCCGUGGAGGCGAUCAGGCUGAGGUGGCUGGGGGCGCGCUGCAUUGCGCAUGGCCCGGUCAGCGAGGCGAGUCAGGCGGCAUGGCAUGGCCAGGCGGCAGGCGUGGUGGGCGGGUGUGGCUUGCCGCCAGCUGCCGGCGGAAGGAAAGACAGGGAAUUGGGAUGUGUUGGCAGAUGGGCAGUUAGGGUUUGUAGGUGUGGAGGCGCCGUUAGCUGAGGCGCUAGAUGACAUACAUAGCAGAAUAUCUAGCGCGGACAGCGCUGCCCUUGGACUGCCGCAUAAGACUCGCACGGAGUUGCGUUCCGUUGACACUUCUGUGCGCGCUACUGGGGCCCAAUGUAUAGAUACGUUGGAUGGGCCCUCUGCGCAGAAGACAUAAGGCAUCCAGCGCAUUCAUAGCGCGCCAAGGACUCUCACAUAAAUGGACAUAGUAAUGUUGAUUGUUGAUGCGUGCACACUCAUUGUUGCUGUGUGGUCAGGCUGUCCCAGCAUGCUUGCAAGCAUGGAGCCCUUGCUGAGGGACUAGGCAUCGUGAGGCCGAGAGCUACUCAAGCCUCUUCGGCCAGUAUAUCACAUGUAAACACUACGGCCAGCUCCAUUGCCUCGUCACUACGCGCGUGUGUAUGAACCCGUGAAAGCCCUCAGCCCCCAACUGGCCAUACGAUAGCGGAGUGCUAUCGAAACGCGAACGCGAAUGUGCGCGACACGAAGAGACGUUGUAGUCGCUAGCACGAUGACAACCAGCACUGCGUCUUACGCCAACGCCGCAUUGCGCCCCUCCGGUCCCCCCCCAAUGCCAAACCUCCUCCGCACUCGGUGGACUGGUUCUGGGUCAUGGACUCUUCGGGAUCGGCAUACGCUAGCCCGGACUCACACUGGUCAGGCCAGGCCGGUCACAGUCAAAGGGCUCGACCACAACGCAGACAAUAUGUCCCCCGCGGCACUCAGUUGUUUGGCAAUCCGCAUAUACGAUCCCUUAUCGCAUCAAGUCACAACCUGCCUACCGCUCCACCAGGCAUCCACCCGCGCACGCCUCUACUGUGGCCGUCUGUGGCCAUCGAAGUGAACGAAGCGGUGCAUAAGCAACGCGCCUCCGC